UGAGAGCUCUUAACUUUCUAGUUUAUUGAGGUUUGGGGUGUUUAUAAUAGCAAAUUGGAAACAUUGUUGCUGAGUUUUAUUCCCCUCCCCCGUGUUAUUCUUCUCUUUUCUCCCUUUUCCCUAGUUUCCCUGGUCUGCCCCCAUGACCCCCUCCUUCUGCACUACUGUUUCCAACCGGAGCCCCUUUCAUUCAGGUAAAACUGUAAAUUUCCCAAUGUGCCAUUGUUCUUCAAAACUGUCCAAAGCUCCCUAGAAAUCCCCAAAUACUUUUUUGGUAUUUAAAUCCCUGAUAGAUAGAACCAAUGUAAAUUUUGUGACAUUCAAACCUUUUUGACUUCACAAAUCAGUCACCCUUGUCACAGUUAUUGAAAUUCCGUAACUCGCCACACCAGGACGGUGGAAAAAACGGGCGCAGUCUUUGUUGCCGACCAGGCUUUUGAUCGCCAGAGAAAAUUUACUUACCUUCAGAUGAGUGAGCAGAAAAAGAAAUAACACUCCCUUUGAUUUAGUUAGGAAAAUGCAGACAUUUGGAUUCAGUGCAAACAUACAACACUCGCUUGUUUUCGCGAUACGGCCCUCGAUUAACCUGUCUUUGCCCAGCGCAAAGUCUAUUCAACAACUGCCCGUAGUUGCUUUUUGUCCUGUCCACAAAGAGCCAUUGACCAUAUAUUAAAAUGAUUGUUGAAAGGUAGAAGAGUAUGGCACUUAAAAGUAGGGAAAAAAUCCCUGUGACUCAAUCAAUUAAGGCCAGUAACAUUUAUGCAUUUCAAAAAAUGCACACGGAUUCGGGGGUGGGGGGAUAAAGGUUGCAUUUCUCCGCAGCUCUGUUUAAAACCCAGCAGCCUGGGCUGAGGAUUUAGCUCAAACGUCUGCAUAUUCAUUAGGUCUAAUUAUUUUCUAGUAAGGAAAACACAAAAAGCCAAGAGUCGGAAUCUUUCAAUUUGCCCUUUGUUUCUAACUUCAUUUGGCUUAUUUGCAGCUGAAUCAGCCCUAAACUCUUUUUCCAAACAAAGAAACCUCAACUCAUCCUUUCACAGGCAGCCCAGCUAGAAAACUCUCCAGUGCUUGGGAGAGAGGAAAAUGAAAAUGAAUUUGUUUUGCCCCGUCUCCCGCCUUAGUGGCAUAAGCUGAAGGAAGACAGGAUCAGCACUUUCUCCUGGGGUUGGCAAACUGAGCUGCCCUUUUCCUGCACUCUCCCUCAAAACCGGACUUGUGUAACUGGGAUGGUUUCCCAGUAUCUAAAAAGACCUGGCGGAGCAUUUGUGCUUGGGCUGGGAAAUAGAAAUUUGAGAGAGAGAGAAAAAAAAACAAAACAAAUAUACUGUCCCCAGCAACAAGUCUGAGUGCAGCAGCCCAGUACCAACUUUGACUGGACCUGGAUGAGAAAUGGAAAGAAAGGGCUCAGCUUGAGAAAUGGUUUUUAAAAAAUAAAGUAUACACUUUGAGUGGCUCUGAUAUAUCUUUUUUGAACAAAAGGUUUUCUACUGUCUAUAAUGUGAGUUUUGGACCUGACUCCAACGCAGCUAUAAAAACCUUACCUGCAACUUUUCUCUAGAGGCUAAACUGCUAUCCUAGGGAGAACAAAUAUUGAACCCAUUUCUCUCGACUUUCCAAAAAAACAAAAACCAAAAAAAAACACAAAAAACAAAACAAAAAAACAAGGCGGGAACAUGAGGGGGGAGGGCAGCCAUUAAAAAGGAGAGAGCAAAAAUAAUUCUUCAAAAAAGAAAAGUCUUCUCUCCAGUCCAGGGACUCUGACAAGAAUAUUUUUAGGAAACGCGUCCAAAUAUACAGGGUAAGAGUGAAUGCACGGGGAGGGGAUAAAAAAAAAGUUGUGGGUUGUAGAAGUUAUCAAUUGGGAUUUGCUGCGCUCUCUGCAGGAAACGAAAGAGGCUCCAGUUCAAAGCCACAUGCACCAACGUGACAUAUAAGCCAUUAAAAUAUCCUGACGGCUCAUUUCUGCUUCAUCAUACAUUCCCUAACUGCUUCCCGAAAGCUGGAAAAAGAGAAAUGAAGGAUGACCGCCUCGCUGGAACCACGAAGAGAGGCUUGGAGGGGUUUGUGGUUCCCCCUCCGCACCCCAAAGUGAUGUGCAGAAAUGAGGCGAUCCCAGCAACAGGUGGAGUGGGGCUCAAAGUCAGGAAAUGAGAUAGAUAUAAGACAUCCUUGGGGAUGAGGAAACGAUUGCAACUUUACCAAACGGCUCUGAAAGAGUUGAGUAGUAGCUCCGGACAUCAUGAGCCCCAGCUCAUUGCUGCCUCCAACCCCUCGGUGUUCCCUGGCCUUCACGAACAGCCUCCCGAGGCCUCCACCAGAGGCACUUUGAACGGACUCCUGCGACUGGGGCUCCCCAGAGAAAUGAACGCGCGCCCUGAAGCCUUCUCGCCAGGACCAGUGGCCCACAGCAACGCCCUAGCAGCUGCGGGGACCCUGCAUGGCUAUGGGAGCAUGAACCUGACCGUGAACCUCGCUCUGCCCCAGGGUCCCGGUGCCUUCUUCCGUUACAUGCGCCAGCCCAUCAAACAGGAGCUCAUCUGCAAGUGGCUGGCGGUCGAUGGCCCCGAGCUCCCGCAACUCUGCUCCAAAACUUUCAGCACCAUGCAUGAGCUGGUCACGCAUGUCACUGUGGAGCACGUCGGCGGCCCAGAACAGGCCAACCACAUCUGCUUCUGGGAAGAGUGUCCGCGCCAGGGCAAGCCCUUUAAAGCCAAAUACAAACUUGUAAAUCACAUCCGCGUUCAUACAGGCGAGAAGCCCUUCCCCUGUCCUUUCUCGGGGUGUGGGAAGGUCUUUGCUAGAUCAGAAAAUCUCAAAAUACACAAAAGAACUCACACAGGGGAGAAGCCCUUCAGGUGCGAGUUCGAGGGCUGCGAGCGACGCUUCGCCAACAGCAGCGACCGCAAGAAGCACUCGCACGUGCACACGAGCGACAAGCCAUACACGUGCAAAGUACGCGGCUGCGACAAGUGCUACACGCACCCCAGCUCGCUGCGUAAGCACAUGAAGGUGCACGGGCGCUCACCGCAGCCUCUUAGCUCUGGCUACGUCUCUGCCACGCAGUCUGCCGUUGUGUCGCUUUCGCUUUCAUCGAACUUUGGCCGCGAGCCCCUGGUGGCCUCCUCGGCGGCAGUAGUGGCGCGGGGCGUCGAAUUGAGAGAAUGAUGUCCACCGCGUUACUCCUAAGGUAAUCUCGUCCAGCGCAGCUGAGAGCCCACAUCUCGCGCCUGUGACAUCAAAGGGCCCGCACACAAAGCAAUGUUUCUUCGCCACGGUGCAUCUUCAUGGUAAGUUAGGAUUUCUAUGGCAAUGGGCAAGUCGCACUGAAAUCCUGAAAGGCCAAGCCUGGAGCCCAUCCAGGCUUUUCAUUAAGGACAUAAUAUUUACGUCUAACAGGCCUUUCCCUCUGUGUAUACAAGUAUAUAUUUUUGUUUGACGCAGACUAAAUCAUUUUCAUUUAAUUUCCGGUAAACAAAACCCACACGAAUGGGCACUUGUUCUCGAUCAUAAUAAAAAUGGAUAAUAAUGGGAGAGAAGAAAAAGGCCGUUUGAAUUGCCGCUCAGCCCUCUUUGUUUCUGCUUUCUGCGGUGAUCAGAGGGCGAGUUUCUAAAGGCGAGGAAAUGGUUUUUAAGAGAGGAAAGAAAAGGAGAAGGGUCUAAUCAAGCUCGGGUUGUUCAAAGAGUUGAGUUUUGGGGUUGAAAGUGUGAGUUUGACGGUGCAUCAGCACGCCAAGUUGGUCUCGCCAUGGAAAUGCGCUCAGGGAGCGGCCGCUUCAAAGGCGGCACGCACUUCAUUGCAAAUGCUCUAUGAAGAUACAUUUGCGCUGACCCUUGCUUUUACGCCAUUUGAUACUGUCACUACGUUCUCCAAUAUAUACUUCCCCCUUAGGACCUGCCUUGUUGACGUUUUAGGUGCUCACUCUGCACUCUAACAUAGGUGGGUGCUUUGGUGCCAGGGUUGCUUUCAGGAAAAGGAAGAACCUGACUCAGCACACAGAAUCUGCACAUCUUGGCUGUCCCUCAAAGAGGCUCCAAGGUCAGGAGUAAAUAACAUUAGGGCAACCUCACAAGAUUAACAAGUAAGCAUGCCAAGCUAGAUUCUGUGCAAUGCACCUCUCUGCAUCUUGAGCAAGGUGGAGACCUGAAUUUGAGUGAGACUUGCAGGGCAGGGGAGCCACCCUGGAUGAGUCUGAGAAGUUCAGACUGUGGCUUUCAGUCAUUUCCACUCUGGCCCCAGCCCAACCCAUUCUGCCCCUCUAUCCCAGAAGUCUCUUGCAGCCCCCCCCCCCACCAAAACUUACUUCUCCCUAGAGUGCUGUGUAUGGUAUCUCUCAGGCCUGGGCUGGCCCUGGGCAUGAGCUCAAGAGUGCAAGGCCAAGGAGAUAGGGAAGAUGGCAAGAAAGUUAGAAGUCCAUGUUCCCUUAAUUGUCAUGUUGUUUAUUUUAUCCAAGUACCCUAGAGAAUAGGGGAAAAAUAAACAUGGUGGAAAAAAAAUCAAACAGUGGAGUCUUCUUUAGUGUCAGUCCUUGUGGUUGAAUAAAAAGGAUGGUCCACUUUCUAUUGAGCUGAGAAAUCUUUGAAGUGAGAGUUAUUAUCUGAGACAUUCUUGCUUGUCGUCCUAACAACGCUGAUGAAAUGUAAAAGGUUCUUUGUCAGCGAUUUGUUCUCCUCUCUGUCAAACUCUCUCUGCCCUGUUCGUUUCAAAGCGUUUCUAAAGAGAUAAAAAUCAAACUUAGUUAAAAAAGAAAAGACAUACACACUAACUGGUAACUUUAGGGCUAAGUCCUGCUUACGGGAAAACAAAAGUAAUGCAGAGACAUCAGGUCCAAGGCCUGUGGAGGUGUGCAGAUGUUGAGGGGCCCUUUGCACAGGCUCUGACACAGGCAUGUAGGCUUCUCCAAGCUCUGGCAUGCACUCAAUCAGUCCAAGUCAGGUCACUCGAGCUUCCUCUGGGGACCCCUCAAGAUCCCAAUAUUCUUGCCUGGGAUCAUAAGGCUACAACCAAGGUAUGGUUAAUAUUUCCUGUUCCUUCAAAGACAACCUCUGGAAAAAAAAAAUAGACCCAUUGUGUGUUUCUUCUCAUUAGCAGCAAUCAGCAAGUCUUGUCUGCCAUUAAUAGGAGAGUAGCUUGAGGGAGAGAGACACUUUUAUAAUUUCAUGUUUUCUUCAGAAUCUUGGCAAUUGGAGUUCAGAAGAUUCAAUUUACAAGAUAGUGACCCCAGAAUGCAUGCAACACCCCCUCCCAUCCACAUAUGCAGUUCUUCAUGUUAUACUGUGCCCAGGAAAAAACUUUCACCAUGUCCAGCUUUCCCCAAAUCUCCCUCAUGUGGUUUUAAAGGUGGUUUAAACAAGCAAGAUGUCCCAGUCUCUCCACUCUGUAUGUGCUGACUAAAUUAUUUGUAAAAUAGUUUUCCCCGAGCUGUAACCCAUGCUGUUAUUAUAGUUGCAACAAAAUUUUGUCUCUUGUAUUGAUUUUUAGUUGCUUACUCAAGGUCCCCAUAUGUUUAUUUAUAUUGCUAAUUUAUGGGAAAAUGUAAUGAUUACAGUAAAUGUUAAUUAUACAGACAGGCAAAUGUUUUGUAAUCAUAAUUCACACAUACACAAAUCUGACUGAAACCCUACCCACA